AUGCGCAACACCAUCCUCAAGAAGCUGCGCACAGAAUGGCGCGACUCACGCUUCUUCAUGGGGCGCAACAAGAUUAUGCAGGUCGCCCUUGGCCGUGACGAAGCCGAAGAGUACGCGGACGGGCUGCGACAGGUCGCAACUCAGCUCACAGGAAACGUCGGGCUGCUGUUCACGAAUCGCAAACACAAGGAGGUUGUCAGCUUUUUCCGCAAGUUUGAGGCGGACGACUACGCGAGGAGCGGGUUUGAAGCGACGGAGAAAGUGGAGCUUGCGAAGGGGGAGUUGGAGAUGUUUGAGACGUCGCAAGAACACAGCUUGAGGUUGCUGGGCAUGCCGAUCGUGCUCAAGAAGGGUAAGGUCUGUCUCAGCAGAGACUUCACGGUGUGCGAGGGAGGGGAAACGUUGACGCCGGAGAAGGCUAAGAUUUUGGAAUUUCUAGGUGUGAGGAUGGCAAAGUUCCGCGUCGUGUUGAGAUGCUAUUAUCGGAAGAAGGACGGACAUUUCAAGCUUCUGGACGAUGUAUCAAUGGAGUAGGGAAUAAAAUAAUGUAUAUGUGUGUUCUG